AUGAGGGGGAGGAGGCCGGAGAUGCAGGACACGAUUUCGGUGCUGCCGUACGCGUGGAAGGAGGACGGGAGGAGGAUGGUGGUGUUGGGGAUGUUUGAUGGACACGGGAGUUGCCAGUCGUCGCAGGUGGUGGCGGAGAGUUUGGAGGGGUUGAUUAAUGCGACGACGCAGAGGAGGAGGUCGAGGAGCGAGGCGGAGUUUCACAGGAACAUGAUGUGGUGCAGCGACCAGGAGAUAUGCGUGAUGUUUCAGAAGAUAUAUUGGAAGUUGCAGGUGAGGUUGGACAGGAUGUACGCGCAGCAGCCGGCGCCGAGGUUGGACAUGGGGACGGCGGCGUCGAUAGUGUUGGUGUGCGAGGGGAGGGGGGAGGGCGGCGCGGUGGCGGAGAGGGGGGUGGUGGGAAGGAGGGGGACGGUUGGGAGGCGGUCGAUGCUCGACGUGGAGCGUGGAGGGGGAGAGCGAGAGAGGGGGCGGAGGAGGAGCAAUUCGUGCGGAGCGGCGAGGGAGGGGAGGUCGGCGUCUGGUUCGCGCGAGGGGGCGAGUGGUGCGAUGAGCGGCGGUCGAGAUGUGGUUUGUACGGCGGACUUGGUGGAUUCGGUGUGUGAGGAUAACUACGCGAGCGGAUGCCACCGGUUCUCGAACAACCUGAACCCGAUAAACGAGAGGCAGGGGCCGAUCCCGAAGGAGAAGCCCCGGAUCAAGACGAGCGACGCGUCCAACUCGUCCUCGAGUGGUGGCGAGCGGCGAGCUCCGGACGAGCGCACGUUGCUGGUGGUGACGAACUGCGGGGACCAGCGGGUCGUGUUGUACAACGGAGAUGAGUCCGCAUACCUACAAACCAGCGACCACAAGCCCGGCUGCGAGCAGGAGAGGAUGCGAAUCUACCGAGAAGGCGGCUUCGUGGCGGAAAACCGCCGCUCCUGCGGCAUCCUCGCCCUGUCUCGCUCCCUGGGAGACUCCUCGCUGCAGCCGUACGUCACGUAUCAACCAGAUAUACAUGUAUAUAGAAUUGAGCCCCACAAGGACGCAUUCGUCAUCAUCGCGUGCGACGGGAUCUGGGACGUGAUGAGCUCCCGCAAAGCGAUCCAAAUCGCCAAGCGCGACCUGGGCCUGCCCGACUUUCCCUGUCGCGCCGCUGCGCGCAUCCGCAACUACGCCUACUCGCUGAACUCGAGCGACAACCUCUCGGUCAUCGUGUACAAGCUCGGGCGCGAGCGGCAGGGGCACGCCCGCACGUGAGGCCCUCUCGGUCGCCCUUGUUUUUUUUUUUGUUUUUUGUUUUUUUUUUUUGGAGACCGCUCUCCCGUCUCGGUACACAAUUCUCGGCCCCUCUAGCGCCUCGCAUGCGAAGGCCGUCCGCGCCCCUCGCUCGUCUCGUUGCGCCUCUCUCGCCCCCGCCUCGCCCGUCUCGGCGCGCCCCCCCCCCUACCCGAGCGGCCCACCGCAGAGCACGCGAUCCAGUCGACAUGCACCGACCCCGCCAAGUCAAGCCCACCGUCGUCUUCGUUUUAGGAGGGCCCGGGUCCGGCAAGGGAACCCAGUGCAGCUACGCGGCCAAAGACUGCGUCGACUUCGAACA